AUGCGCUGCUUCUCGACAAAGUCUACGGCACCUACGAAAGGUUUCCACGACAAUGCCAGCGGCAAGGGCAGCAACUCCGUCCCCGUCAAGUCCUCUGCGCUGUUCAUCGAGGCGUUGUCGAAGCGCCGCACCAUCUAUAGCCUGGGCAACAAGCUUUCACAGAGCCACAGCGAGGUCAUCGAGAUCAUCGAGGGCACCAUUCGCGAAUGCCCCUCCUCGUUCAAUAUCAAGAGUUCCACUGUCGUCAUCCUGUUCGGCGCGGACCACCAAAAGGUUUGGGACAUCGUGAAGGCGGCGCUCAAGAAGGUGACAUCAGAGGAGCAGUACGCGCAGAGUGAGAUGAAGGUGAACAACUCCUUUGCCGCGGGCGCCGGCACCAUUCUGUUCUACGAGGAUGGCGCAGCCAUCAAGAUGCAGCAGAAGGCAUUCCCGAGGUAUGCCGCAAACGUCUCGACCUUUUCGCAGCAAUCGUCUGCGAUGGCCCAGUUUGCGGUGUGGUCAGCGCUGGCGCAGGACGGCAUUGGCGCGUCGCUGCAGCACUACAACGAGCUAAUCGAGGCGGACCUCCGCGCCGCAUUCGACGUCCCGGAGGAAUGGCAGCUGAUUGCCCAGAUGCCCUUUGGCUCCAUCGAGACACCAGCCGACAAGAAGACACGCAACUCUGACAAGGGCCGCGUUGUCGUGCACGGCGCACAGAGGUGA